ACUACGAGGAGAAAUCGCUGUAAGUAAAGCCCUCGGACAUUUAUUACAGCUGUGAUUAAUAACCUAUCUCCAGCUGAAGUCAACCGGCGGUAGUGAGAUUUUUCGUGUGUACACCUAGCGAAGAAAAGCUCGUCUGAAAAGACGACUUCGGAAGCACUGCCCCUAAUCGCCCUGUGUGCAAAGCAUCGGCGGUCUUCGCGUUAUUUAUUCCGUCGUCAGCGUGAUCUUCGAUCCUUGUUGUUCUGAGCGACGGUCGCGUAAAGCUUGGGGCGACUUAUUCCUGUGACUUGUGCCUCGCGCGGAACCAACCGAAAAGUGUGCGGUGUAACGAAGAGGGGUCGCUGCCUAGCCUUCCGAUGUAGCAACAUGGACGUCGACCCAACACCCCCGACGAACACCACGUCCAACCUGAAGCGCUCCUCGAGCGCUCCUAUGAUCAAUGUGUUGGGCAACACACCCUCGUUCAGGGAAGCCCUCUCCCCUCUGUUGCUGAGCAUCCCACGAACUAGGCGCUUCAGUGCCAGCUUCAGCCCCAACCACUCUCCCUCUUCCCCGUUAGCGGCCGUGCCGUCCCGAGUGAGCCAGAUCAAACAUGAGGAAGGCAUGGACGUCAUGAUCAGAGAGACUGCCCACGAAAAGGAAGUGCAGUCAAAGCUUGCAAUUUCACAGUCCUGGGAUGAUCUCUCAUUAGCUGACGGCUGCCUGGGUGACACGAGCAAGCGGCCCCGGUCGCUGACGGACCCCCUCCACAUCUUCACCCCUCCGCCGGGCAUCUGCAACUCUCCCUCUCCCACGCGGACGGGCAAGCAGUGCUUCUCGCCCUCCAUGUGCCUGUCCAGCAAGCAGGCGUUCUCUCCUAGUCCCAGCCCCAGCCCCACGCGGAAGGCCUUUGCCACAAGACGAAGUCAGAGUCCUAUCACGCUGAGGCCGAGCCAGUUUUCCGUGAAACGAAAGUUCGACAUGGACAUGGACCAGGGAGACUUCCCGAUGCCUGCCAAACGACUCAACCUGUCCGUUGCUCAGGAGAUGGCCACCUCCCACGUGCUGCACCACAGCCUGUCGCAGAGCAGCCUGGAGGCCACGAGCAGUCCCGAGCAGACGGUGCCCCACGACAUGACGGACUCCCUGUCGAGCAGCAGCGGGUCCCCCUGCUGCCCCACCGCCUUCCACGCCUCCGGACGGUCCCCCGCCGCCCCCUCGGCCCCCGACGGCUCCUGCAACAUGGAGGACUCCUAACCUCCCACCGCAGCCCCCGACCUCUCCUUCCUUUCCUCCUCUUCAGCAAGAUGGCCGGACUCGUCCCUGGCGGCAGGUUGCCGUGGCCGUCUGCUGCAUCUAGUCUGGCCUGUUGAUCGCGACGGAGCGAGCCGGUCGGAGAGCGAUGCCAUCAAGAAUGGGCCUCUUGUUUCGGGUUGCACGCGCUUGGUUUCCUAUUUAUUGUCGAACUGGAUUGCACGUGAAACACCAGGCCCUGAUCGCUUUCAAGCCAACGCUUUGCGGCUGUUUUGCCAAAAGCGUGAGCGACGAUUCUCCGGAAACAUCCCGCAAGCAACGAAAGUCAUCACUAUGACCGACAUUAUUUUGUUUCGUGAUUGUUAAUUUGCCUUCCAAAACUAACUAAUGUUUUUUCGCUGAACUAUAGAAUUUUACUGCGAAACAUUCGGACCCCUGUUUGCUACUCAGUUGUCCUUCGAGCCCUUGUGCAGGAUGUUUUGGUUACUCUUCUGAGCGAAAAGCUGCCGGUCGGGGGUUCUCGAACGGCUCGACAAAGCACCAUAGAUGGACUAAACAAGUCCUUCAAUGGUACUCCUCAGCUUUCUGAACCGAGUUUGUGAUCUAUUCGGCGGGCUGGUGGAAGUUAUGUGUGAGAAUGCAUUAAGAAUGUACUCGCACAUCUUUGGUCGUGGGAGAACCUUUUAAGGUACUCUCAUGAAACUGAAGCUGUUCAUGUUUGCAGCUUCAGUUUCAAGUCAGGCUCAUCUUUGGUCAUGAAGGAGCCUAGGGCGGGUCUUUGAAUGUAGCUUCACUUUUAAAUCAAAAUGAGUGUAUACUGGGAAUUCCAAGCAUGGCCAACGAACCUCUUUUUCUUGCUUGCUGUACCAGUUUGAGUGGAUAAUAGGAAUUUACGAUUUAGGAACCCCCGACACAACGGCGGCACUUGAAAUCCUGGUGAUUCUUUUAAUGUUCCUUGCCGCAAACGCUAGAUGCGUGACAGAAAUUGGCGAGGUGUGGGGCGUAGUCCGUUAUGGCGUAGCCUGUGCAACAUGGACGGCCUAUUUUUAUUGCAACUUCCUUCGCAGGCGCACCCUUGGCGUGUUCUGUCCGCAGGAUGUGGAGUCUUGAUUUUAACCUCUGUGUUUGCUCGUAAUAUUAUGAUUAAUAUUGUUAUAAUUAUUAAAGCCCAUUGUCUGGUACAGUGCAGGCUGUAGGCUAUGAUACAGCAUGUCUGAUUACAUCUGGUAAAGAUGUUCCACAUCAACAUUUUGUAGGGAACAUGUUCCAGGAUAAAGCUUUUUUUAAUUAUUUAGAAUAUUGAAAUGAAAUUUCUACAGUUUAUGGUGCUUAAUCUUCUCUCUAAAAUUAUUGUGUUAGAUUUGAUAUAGUAUUUUUUUAGGUUCUCGAUGCAAUGUACAUGCAGAAAAAAAAACAUGUUCUUGUGCAUGUGUGAGGCAUGGCAACACACUUAAAAGCCUAGUAAAAUAAACCAAUUGGCUGCUUUUAAACCACUGACUGCAAUGAACAAUAAAAGUAAGGUGUGUGAUGCUUCUUUCAUUUUAAAAUAAUAAAGCAAUAGCAAAAAUGCCAUUUCAUGGGGCUAACAAAGGUUUCUUAGAUUUUCCAUCAAUAUAAAAAAAAUACAUUCUAACCAAACCUAGAUAGUUUCAUUCUACAUAUUCUAAAGUAUAUUCAUGCCAAAUUUGAUUGUGCUAGGAAUAUAUUAAGAACAGAAAUCCUCAAGCACAAUCCGUGAAAGUGCCCCAAAAUUACAUAAAAAGAAAAAUGCAUUCGAAUGUUACCAUAAAUGUGUAGCUAUACUGUUUGGCAGUGAGGAAAAUAAUAUUUUGUUAAUAAAUUUUCGUAAGAAAUUGAAGCUACAGAAAACUGCAAUGGAGAGGAGACGGCUAGGCCUACUUGGCAAUGCAAAUGUGAUGGCAAGCGACGUCACAAUUUGAAGAACCACCCAGAAAACAUUGGCUCAAAUUCAUUCCAUUCUGGGUUGCCUGGAGGUCUUCAAAUGCGCAAAUGAGUAAUUUUGCGUAUCCGACACUGAUUAUUUUUAUACAUCAAAUAUAGAUUAAAAGAUGAGAAAACACCGUAAAACUCAAAAUCACUUUUUUUUUUGCGCAAAAUAUCACCGUUUUUAGACUCGAAUCUUCCCUUAACAAUGUUGCUGUUGAACAUUGCUUGUCAGGUGUAGCUUUGACAUUUUUUGAUAAAUCAGAAAACAACUUUGUGUUGUUUUGUUUUUUGUGCUUUAUUUUAUUUUUUUUUCUUUUGUUCCUUAGCUUGUGCAAUGUCUGUGCGAAGUUUUUACCUUUCCUUUGUCGGGUGGCAAUGGCGAUUGGAAGCAUUCCCUUUCGCGGGCGAGUGAAAAAGAGCAUUGUCCUUUAAGACGUACGAGGGAUCGCCAAACUGGCCGCUUGUAUAAAAUGUGUAGAGUUGGGAAACAGUAGAAACUGUUGGCACGGUGCUCUUCAACAUUGAUGAUCUCCGGUUGUCUGUUUUGGAAUGCCAAAAUAUCUGCAUAGUGGGCAUGUGUGUGCUUUGGCAGAGCAACGACAGUGCACCUUGUUAAGGCUUGGAAUGUCUGGAAGUUGUAUAAUGAAGAAAAUCAAUUGUUAGGCUUUCCUUCAAGGUUUGUUCAAAUGAUGCACAAAGAAUGCCUGAACAUCUGCUGAAGCACACAACGCUGCAGAAGAGACAUGUAGAUACCCUUCGUUCAUUUUUGUCGGCAAUCGGUCGAGAAUGGGAGUUUUUGUUGGGGCUUCGUUAUUUAUUUGUUAUUGUUUAGGCAACUUAUAGUUCCUUUUGGUGUGUCUUGGCCUACCUCCAGUCCGAGGCAAAUGUUUACUUUUGUUUUUAAAACCUCGGGACGCUUUUUACGAGCGACUACAACGGGAGGUGUGCUCUCGGUUUGUGGGCUCUGCGUCCUGAUUCUUGAAAGUGACAGGUUUGAUGAUGUGAAAUGUAUGCUACAAGAAAGGCACUGAAUGCAGGGAAACUUGUGCACUUGCUCAUAUAAGUGGUGCCAGCGGAUGUCACGCGGCAGGCUUCUUUCGUGUUUUUAGCGUGUCCGACACAACCCGUUUUGAUUGCGACAAUAUUGUUGUAACACAGUUAACUAGAGAAACAAAGUUACGGAGUGCUACAAACUUUCUAAAGACAGGCUCAGAUCACUGAGCUCUUCACAUUGUUUUGCUUCCAUACUACCGCAAACAUCUAGGAGCGAGAGUUGGGCGCUUAAAUCACUCACAUUUAUGCUAUGUUUCACAUUAAAUGCGAGCGAAGCCGAAGCUACGAGCACGUUGCCCUGAACAAUGCUUGCACUGCACACGCCCGCGUGCUUAUAGCUCACUCUUGUAGUUACUGCUGCGCUCGUGAUUAAUAUGAAAGAAAAUAUAGACACUGUUUUGUUUCAAGCAGGCACAAGUUUUAAUUUGACACAUUUUUCCUAUCUAACCACUUUUUCUUUCGUCGCAGUACCCCUUCCAACUUUGUUUCUAACUUGCACCUUGCUGUCAGACACUCUUGUCUAUUAUAGUGGUCUUUUGGUUUGCGUCAACGGCAAAGAGUGAUUCAUGCAAUUGGCACAGUACGGUUGUCGACAAGGGCGUGGGAGGCACACGGAUAUUCUGUUUUGUGUCUCGGCACCACUUGGCGUGCAAAGUGUGGCCACGUUGAAGGUUACGGAAAAGCCCCGGCACCACUUGGCGUGCAAAGUGUGGGCACGUUGAAGGUUACGGAAAAGCCCUCGCGCAUACAUGCUUCUUUUUGCCUUCAAGUGGUGCCAGCCAGUCUCGCAGAUGCUGACUCCUCUUCUCCGCAGCGGCACAUCUGAGGCUGCAUGCAGGCUGCAUGCACGGCGUGUUUCUAGAAUGCAGCAGGUCGUCGUUUGGAGGUGUCGGUUUCUUCUCUGCCAGCCUCUUAAAACAACACCACCUAGAAUAAUCGAGGCUUGUGAACCACCUCUUCUAUUUCCACGUAAUGUCAUCAUGCUCGGAUGAUGCCCCGGGCGUCCUUCGACGCAUUGAUUGGACACAAAGCCUAGCCAAACACCGAUGCAGCACUCUUGUCCUGUCUGCGCCUGAUCUCGCUCUGAUGACGUGAAAAUGAUCAGGCACGGGUUUCGAUUAUUUUAGGUGGUCUUGGUUACACUCCCCUCGGCGUUAUUGCAACAUUUCGGAAUUCCUGCGAAGCCGGGAAAGUUGGGCAUUUGUGAAUGUGAAACCGACGUUGUUAGACUCCAUCUUAUUAUUUUUUUUUUCAACUUCUAAAUUUAGUUUAUAACUGUAUGAACUACAAGCUGGCUCCUUCAUGUCAGUGAAGGCAAUCUUCCUUACACUUGUAACUGUGUCGUCGGUGUGAUCUGUGUACUAAGUGUAGGUUUUUGCCUAGGCCGAGUACUCCUAGAGGUGUUUGCACCCUCUGUCUGGUGCAAAGGACUGUUGUCAACGUGGUCCUCGGACCGUCCCCAGGAAUCGUCGACUGUCCCUAAGAAAGAAAUGCUCUUUGGCGAGCCAUGCUUGCCCAUUCAUUGCAUGGCACCUCACUCGUGGUGAGCCAACUGAGGACUUCUAGCAUUUUUUAAUUAACCAACUCCUUUGUACGCUCUCUUACCUCUCACUUCUGGCAAGACUUUUUUCUUUUUGUUUUGUUUUUAGGGUUUAAGAUUUGUGUUGUGCUGUUCUGUACAUAGGGGCAUGGAGCCUGUAAAUAGAAAUUGUGUCACAUUGCUGAAUCCUUCGAGCUCAAAAACAUGGCUUGGGAUGAGGUCAGAUUUAACGGGAAAACUUCUGUUUUACUAUGGAAUAAAACCUUGCAUUUAGGUUAACUUUUUGGGGGCGACAUCUGAAUGUGUCUGUUUUUUUCUUUUUUCUUUUCUUUUAAUAUGCCUGAUUGGAGGUAACACGAAAAGGAUUAUUGUAUUUUGUAACAUAUCAAGUGUAUGGCCUGUGAAGCCACAUGUUGAUGCAGACAAUGUGCUGUUUGCUGUGGUUUGACUGUAUCUAUUUGUGUGUGUGUACAUAUAGAGAUUAAGAAUAGCUUAUUAAAUUUUAUUCAUUGACGAU